AUGUAUGAUCUUUUAAAUUUAUUUACUGUGGGUUUAUAUAGUCAUACUACAGAUAUCUACAGUUUUCCUUUGAACAAUGCAUUUUUAGUUGAAGAUACAGCUACUCUUGUUGUAUAUAGCGGAAAUACAAUUAUGUCUUUGUAAAUUGAGCAUAACCUUGCUCCAUAAUAAGCAGUAUCAUCAGCCCUUCCAAACAGAGUCCAAAAAAUCAAAGGCCAGAGCUGGGUAUUUGAUGCCUCUUAAAACACCAUUUAUAAUAAUCUAAGAACUGAUUCAACUAAUUACUAGUUAAACAUUAAAUACUUUUACAUAAUUGAUGGCUCUCUAUUUGUUCUUUACAAAAACUAAAUAGUUGAAAUAAAUUCAAGUUUAUAAAUUUUGCAACAAUAAUAAUAAGAGAUUGAUAAGGCGAUUUAACUACCAAAUAUUAUUUUAACUACAACUUAUUUAGGAAAUAUAGUUUUAUACAACACAUUUAAUUUAACUUAAAUAAAUAAAACAAUUUAACUUGGUGUAAGAGUAAAAUAAUUGACUAUGCUUCUAUAAUUUUAAGAAGUGAUGAUUCUUGCAUAUAAUAAUACUAUUUACAGGCUUAAUUUUAUUUCUUAUAAUUUAAUAAAAUGGUUUUCCCCAACUUCAGAUUAAAUUUAUAAAAUUUAUUAUGAUGAUGUGAACAAAAUAACUUUUAUUACUAUGAAAAGCAGUAACUGUUAUAUAUUUGAUGGCAUCAAUAUUUAACUAAGUGUUCCACCUAACCCAAUCUCAAAUUCUUUUUAAAUACCAUACACUUCUAGCUAAAUCUUUUAGAUAUCUAUUGAGCCUAUAACUGGUAUUUUUGCAGUUUAUACUAUCCCUGAUAAUAAUUUAUCUAAAAUAGACUUUUAUCAAUAUAAUUUUACAAAUAAAAAUACUUAGCAAUUAUAAAAUAUCACUUAUUUAGGUUUUAUUCCUUAAUUUUCAAGAUCUCCAGGAUUGAAAAUUUAAUUUAUUGCUAGUAAUAUAUUCAUUUUCUCAUCAUACCAAUUAAUAAUUUAUAAUAAUAAUUUAACUCUACAAAAUAUGAUAAGAAGCACCUCUAUAUUUUCAAGUUUAAAAAAAAUAAUUGUUAUUAACUCACCUUAAAAUGAUACAAAUCUAUUUUUUGCUUAACAAGAAAGCAAUAUAUCCUUAUUUUCUUAUAAAAGUAACAACCUUAUCUAGCUUUAUUCUCAUAGUUGUAUAACACCAAAUCUAGUAGAUUAUCAGUUAUCAUAAUUAGUGAGUGGAUUUUAAGUUAGCAUUUUAGUUCUUUGUGAUGAUAAAGUUAUAAAUGAUAGCUUUUAUUUAGAAAAUCUUACAUAAUCUUUAAGCCAAAUACAAUAAUGCUAUACAGUUUCUUAAACAUAGUAUUAAUAUCAAAUGCUUUAAAACUUAGAUAAAUCCUUUUAUGAAGAAUCUUCAAAUCCUGCUUUAAUUAGGAUUGAGCAACUUCAGUAAACUGAUUUUGGAAGUUAUAAUUCAACUAGGAACCUUAAUUAAAGCGUUUUUUAUCUAAAUUAAACAAGCUCAGUAACAGUUUAACAAACUUAAUUUAAAUAUUUGAAAUGCUUAAACUGUAAUGGUGGGGCAUUAUAAAUAAAUUAAGGUGAAAAUCACUUAAUUUAAAAUUGUGAUUUUUAGUAAAUUGAAUCUCAAAACGGUGGUGCUCUUGCUAUUUUAGAAUGUCCAACUUGUAAUAUAACUAUUACAAACUCAAUAUUUAAGUCAAAUGUUGCUAAAAUAUAUGGUGGCGCUAUUUACUUACAAAAUUCUAAUGUUUAAAUUGCCCAUACAAUUAUUUAGCAGAAUAAUGCAUAGAUUGGAGGUGGUAUAAAAUAUACUAAAAUUAAACCAAUAUUAAAUAAUAAUUUAACUCAUAGAAAUUUAGAGUAGUAAAAUUAAAAUAAUAAUGUGACAUUAGUAAGCUUUUAUAGAUAAAUUUAAUAAUCAUAAAGUAGUAACAUAAUUUCAGAUAACAAAGCCAAAAUAUAUGGAAAUAAUAUUGGGUCUUAUUUACAGGAUGUUGUUAUUUGUUAACCAGUUUUAAAAACAUUGAGUGUUGAAAGUGAUUAAUAAAUUUCAAAUUUAUAUGGAAUUAAUAGAUUAUUUAUAUUGCAGUCCUAUGAAAUAAAUAAUUUUAGAAGCGGUAAUAGUAUUGAUCUAAAAAUAUAAUUGCUCGAUGAAGAAAAUAAUCCUAUAAAAUUUAAUCCUAAUUUUAUAAAUAAAAAAAAAUACGAUAAUGAGAUAUUGUCAGAAUUAUAAAAUCUAUAAGUAAAAAUUGAACCUUAAAACAAUACUCAAUUAAAGGUCUUCGGUAAGUACACAGCAGAUUAUUCUUAAUUUGAUGAGGCUAGCUCGAGUUUUAUAAUAAAAGGACUAAUAAUAGUAUCCAACCCAUUAACAACAAAUAUAAUAAAAAUUUCUUCGAGUUCUUUAACAAAAAUAGAUGCUUAAACAAGAUAAGUUGAUGAAGAGAGUUUAAAUAAUCUUUUUAGCUUAGUCUUAAUAAACACUAGAAACUGUACAUAUGGAGAAGUCUACUAACUAGUUGAUGUUAUUUAUCAGUGUUUUAUUUGCUAAGAAGGCAGUUACUUUCUGAGUUUACCUACUAUUCAAAACACUGCUUGUUUAAAAUGCCCUGAAUACUCUUAAUCUUGCCGUAAGAAUGAGAUAUAAUUGAAAAGCGGAUAUUGGAGAUUAAAUAAUUUAACUGAUAAUAUAAUUAGUUGCUCAAGAAAUCCUAGAAACUGUGUACCUAUUGAAGAAAAAAAUUAUUGCAUUAAAGGGUAUUAUGGGCCUUUAUGCGAAUAGUGUGAUGUUUAUGGUAUCCUUUGGGAUUAACCGUAUAUUUCUGAUGGAAAUUAUAAUUGUUACCCAUGUGCAGAUUUAAUUCAUAAGCCCUAUUACUCAUACUUAUCUUUGAAUUUAAUUUUAAUGCUUUUAUUUAUCAUAUCAAGUAUAGUUUUAUAAUUAAGCCUUACUAAAAGCUUAACAGUCAGCUAUUAUUUAAGGAAAAUGCAUAUGAUUAGUAUUAUAAAAUCAGCUUUCUUUAACUCUUCAUCUUUAGGAUUAAAAAUUUUUAUAGGUUAUUUACAAGUUAGUGGAAUUAUUUAUUCUUAAUUAGAAUUUUCUUUUCCAUAUGGCACUAGAUUGCUUUCUAAUACUAUAGGAAUGCCAGUAACAAACUUGUUCUACUCUCUUGAUUUUUUAGUUAUUUAUGGGCGACAUAGUGUAUUUACUUUUUAAUAUGAUGUCGUGUAGGUAAAUUGA